CACAUUUUUUAAAAAUAUGUACCACCUACUUUUUAUUUACUACUGAAGUUUGCCUGUGGUCUUGUGGCACAUGCAUUGUAAGAAUGCUGGCUAUAUUUGAUAAUUCAAUAAUUUUUAGUUGCAGGGCAUUGAAGAAAUGUUGGAGCAUAGUCAAGGAACCACUCCUUCAUAUACUUUUAGCAAUGGAAAACCGGAUUAUGGUGAUAUGUUUGACGCCCAAGAGGGGUUUUUUCAUGGACUCACCACCUCUGUUAGCAAUGGCUUCAAUGGCGUCAAUUCUGGUUGGAGCAGUGCUUUUAGUGAUCUUAUUUCAGAUCUGUACAGUCAAGCUGAGCAGAUAUCCACUGUAAAUUCUACUCGACAACCCACUGCAAAUGAAUUUAGUUCAACUCAGUUGGACCUGAAAUCAGAUUUUGUAAAUGGUGAUGAUGAUUUGCAUGAAAAUGACUGGGAAUUCAAGGAUGCCUUCUCAGAAGGCACAGUUGGAAAUGGGAAUCCUGAAUUUGAGAUUGUAGAUGCACAUCAAAACUUUUCUGCUGAACUAAAGCUAAAGAAUUUUGUAGGUUUCUACUCUAGAUUGAAAGACGAAGCACGAUUUUUCAUACUUGACCAUCUUGAUGAUCUCAAGAAAGCCAAGAAGGAUGCUGCUCUUUCUAGUGAUGAAGUAAAGGUUAUGGCCUUUAAUGAGGAAAUUCGGCCAAUGGAGAUAUAUGUGGAUGAUGAGGCCAAGUUGACCCUGCAUGGUCUCGUACAGGGGGAGCGUGAGGCGUACUAAAGAAAAAAGAAGUUACUUUCUUGCCAGUGAAUACUCUUCUUUCUCAUUUGUACUUUUGACUGAUAUGUAAUAUUUUUAGAGUAGACAAGAGACUUAAUUCUCCUCAAUGAAUAUUUCAUGGUAGUUUUAGAUCUUGAUUUAAUAUCCCAAAUGGGUUGUUUGUUAUGGGUAAGUUGCAAGGAAAUUGAAAUCUGAGCCAUAAAACUAUAUGUUUGUCCACUCAAUGGAUUAGUGACUUCUAAUACUUCCAUU